AUGGGGUUACUCGGAGAGAGAGUGUAUAGCUCGAUCGAUGCGAUUUUAGAUUUUGGUCGCUUGGAUUGCCUUCAAUGGCUAGCAGAGUUUCUGUAGUUUAUGAACCAAGUGUUUACUAUGUGUUGUUUUUAUUGUUGGCAUUCUUAUCUUUUUCUGUUGAGGCGAAGGUGCAUUUUCACAAAUGGAAAGUAAACUACCAGACAUGGGCUCCUGAUUGCGUGGAGGUGACCAUCAUCUCUAUAAAUGGACAAUACCCGGGGCCAACCAUUAGAGCAAGAGAGGGGGACACCGUUGUUGUCCAGUUAGAAAACUUGAUGCCCACUGAAAACGUUGUUAUUCACUGGCAUGGCAUUCGCCAGAUUGGUACUCCCUGGGACGACGGGACGGCUUCCAUGUCGCAGUGCGCAAUCUACUCAGGCGAAACAUACGUGUAUAAGUUCGUUGUGGACAGACCCGGGACAUACUUCUAUCACGGUCAUUAUGGCCUACAGCGGUCAGCAGGGUUUUAUGGAUCGCUGAUAGUGGAUGCGGCGGGUAAAGAACCCUUCACCUACCAUGGAGAGCUGAGCAUCGUAUUAAACGACUGGUGGCACAAGAGCACUUACGAACAGGCUGCGGGCCUCUCUUCCAAUCCCUUCGUCUGGGUUGGGGAGCCUCAGUCACUGCUGAUAGAGGGCCGAGGGCAAUACAACUGUUCAGCGACCAGCAAGUCCUGCAACGCUACAAACACGCAGUGCUCGCCUUACAUCUUGCCGGUGCAACCUGGGAACACAUACCGCCUUCGUAUUGCUAGUGUGGCGUCUCUUUCGGCCCUCAACUUUGUGAUCCAGGGACACAAGAUGACGGUUGUGGAGGCAGACGGGCAUUAUGUAGAGCCCUUUGAAGCAGACAACCUGGACGUGUACUCCGGCGAAGCAUAUUCCGUUCUGAUCACUGCAAACCAGGACACUUCUCAAAACUAUUGGGCGGGUGUGAACGUGAGAGGCAGGCAGCCCAAGACUCCCACUGGACUGGCCAUCCUCAACUAUCUUCCGAAUCCCUCAACGAAGCUCCCCACCGCGCCGUCUCCCACGAGCCCUCUGUGGAACGACUACGCCUACAGCAAAGCUCUGGCUAAGAAAUUUGUGGCUCUGAAAGGACAUGAAGAGCUUCCCCCGCUUCAAUCCCACAGGCGGCUGAUCCUUCUCAACACGCAGAACAAGAUCAACGGAUUUACAAAGUGGGCAAUCAACAACAUUUCCCUAGUGCCGCCUCCAACUCCGUACUUGGCCGCCAUGAAAUACAAAAUCAAGGGCGCCUAUGAGACCACCCCACCUGCGGACGUUUACAGUCCCCGUGACUACAACAUCAGAAUUCCUCCCCCAAAUCCCAACGCCGUCGAAGGGAAUGGCGUGUACGACUUCAAAUCGAACUCUGUUGUUGAUGUGAUUCUUCAGAAUGCAAAUACUCUGAAUGUCAACAAUUCAGAGAUCCAUCCAUGGCAUCUGCAUGGGCACGAUUUCUGGAUUCUUGGGUAUGGAGAGGGCGUGUUCGACCCGGCAAAGGACCCUGUAAAUUACAACACAGUCAAUCCUCCGCUACGCAAUACGGUGGCUUUGUUUCCGUAUGGAUGGACGGCCCUUCGGUUUAAGGCUGAUAAUCCAGGAGUAUGGGCUUUUCACUGUCAUUUGGAGGCCCACUUUUUCAUGGGAAUGGGAGUGAUGUUUGCAGAAGGGAUAGAGAAAGUAAGAGACGUGCCCAGAGCAGCGAUGGGAUGUGGGCUCACCAAGAAUAAAAUUCACAUGCACCACUGAUCUCUCUGCUCGAGGUACUGAUUUUUCGAGGAAAUCAAUAACAAGAACUAUUUAAAUUGUACCUUUUUUUUGGUAUUUCAAGAAUUCUGUCGACAAUGACAAUUGUGGUUGGUGUUUUCUUCCUGAUUUGAAACAAUGUUUCGCCAGAUAAAGUAAACUGGACUACCUAUUUAAAAAAGUAAUAGUGUGUAGAUGCCAAAAAGGAAUUUAAUGUCAGGUGUCCUCUGUGUUUGAAGCAGAAUGGUUUAGAGUCGUUUAUAAAAGAUCUAUAAUUUAUUAGAGAUUAAGAUCUGUAAAAUUCAUUGACAUGUUAUGAGAUAUUCUCCUUAUUAAUAUAUUGUUGAUAUCCAUACAA